GAAUCCUGUACAGGAAGUGUCUCGUGUUGACUCGGAGACCGGAAGUCCACGUCAGUGCCGGACCAGGACUGAAGACAGACCUGAUCCAGACCCGGUCCCGGACUGAACUUUACUGUUUAGACACAACAUGGCGGACGAGAGCGCGCGCCGUGCCGUGUCGCAGAUCCCGCUACUGAAGACGCACGCGGGCCCGCGGGACCGCGCGCUGUGGCCACAGAGGCUGAAGGAGGAGUACCAGGCGCUGAUCCGGUUCGUGGAGCAGAACAAGGCGGCGGACAACGACUGGUUCCGACUGGAGUCCAACCCGGACGGUACGCGCUGGACCGGCACGUGCUGGUUUAUCCACGAGCUGCUGCGCUACGAGUUCCGGCUGGAGUUCGACAUCCCGGUGACGUACCCGGAUACGGCACCCGAGGUGGCGGUUCCGGAGCUGGACGGGAAGACCGCCAAGAUGUACCGCGGCGGCCGCAUCUGCCUGACCGAACACUUCGCGCCGCUCUGGGCGCGCAACGCGCCGCGCUUCGGCCUGGCGCACCUCAUGGCGCUGGGACUCGGACCGUGGCUCGCCGUGGAGGUCCCGGACCUGAUCAGCAAAGGGCUCGUGGUCCACCAGGAGCGGCAGCGCGAGGCGGCGGCGGAGUGACGUCACGGACCGAACAAACUGCUUAAUGAUUGAAUGAAUGAAUGAAUUCGGGGGGGGGGGGGGGGGGGGGGGGGCUGACUGCUAAUCAAUAUAUCAUUCAGACUCUGCUCUCUGACCUGCAGCUCUGGCGGGAAACAUUCAGUGAAAUUAUUGAUGGGAACAAUGAUUGAUUGAUUGAUUGAUUGAUGAGAUUCUAUUUGAAUUAUAAUAAUUUCAGCAGACGAAACGUUUUGUGGUUUGAUGUGAAAUAAACAGAAAAUGUGGAGCUUUAACUGCUCAGAUUCUUAUUUCAUCAAAUACAAAAUAACUAAAGAAUUUAAUGUUUUUAUUUACACGAUUAAAUAUUCUGAGCAGAGAAGAUUUGAUGUGAAGAAGCAACAGAAGCAUUAAAUAAAGCUUCUCGCCGUCCGUACAGGUGAGACACACGUUCCAAACGAACCGACGUUAUGACGUCACUGAUCGAUCGAUCUGUUUCCUGUGAUGGAGGUUGACUUCAGCUGGUUGUUUACUUGUUGCUGUUUGUUUAUUAAAGUCUGUGAUACAGAUGUUGUUUAACUGUAACGUCUCAGUGUAAAUAAAUUACCUCACUAGUAUUUACAUCAA